GGAGAGACGCUCUCUGUGGUCCACAUCAUUGGCCUUAGAAAUAUCACUUUAUUAAUUGGGGACAGGAAGGGGAAAAUGUAAUGAAUGAUAAAAUUAAGGAGGUCUUUACUGAUUUUUUUCUUGCAGUAAAUCAGUAGAAUCAAACAACUGAAUUUCUUAUCUUUUUAUAAGCCCCAUGGCCUUGCCCAUUGCCUCCUGUAACUGAAAUGGAUUUUUUGAGAGUUCUGUCUAAAAUAGGCAUUGGGUGAUGGAUUCAUUUUACUUAGCAAUUCACUUUACUCUUGAAUUAAGUGCAAUAUGCGGAUAUUUUAUGUGUAGGAGCCUUUAAAUGGUAAAUUCAAAUAAUUAUGUUUUUAAAAUAGUGACAAAAUAACACAUUUAUUUUUUAUUCCCUGAUAAAAAUCGCUAGCAAAUUAAUUAGUUGCAAAAUAGGUGAUUAUAAAAAUAAAAAAAGUAAAGCUGUUGAAAGCACAUGGCCUCUUGAAGAAAGGUUAAUUUUUAAAACAUAGCUCAUGAUUUUUGAAAUGCUUGCUUUAUUUAGUAUUUUAAUUUUCCUUAACAUGGCAUUCAAAGUAUAAUUAUCAUUUUGUAAGAAAUUAAAAAUUAAGUUUAACAGCUUGACUUGGAAUAGAGUUAUGUUAGUUACUAAUGAAAUGUUUUUAAAAUGCUGUUUUAGUGUUGCAGAUCGAUUUAGAAAACAGGAGAAUGAGGCAGCAAUUAAAAUCCAGAGCUGGUUCCGAGGGUGCAAAGUCCGGGCAUAUAUCAGGUAUUUACACAGACGAGUAACAAUUAUUCAGAAAUGGUGGAGAAGUUACUUGGGCAGACAACAUUAUCAACUAAUAGUGAAGGUAGCAUAUUAUACUAUGAAGAUGAAUCUCUACAACGCAAUGGCUGUCAGGAUUCAGAGACGAUGGCGAGGCUAUAGGAUUCGGAAAUACUGCUUUAAUUAUUAUUAUUUGAAGGAGUAUUUGAAAGCUGUUUCGGAGACCAAUGAUGCAAUCAGGGAAGCACUGGAAGAGUUUGCAGAGAUGAAAGAAAGAGAAGAGAAGAAGGCCGACCUUGAAAGGGAAGAGAAGAAAAGAGAUUACCAAGCCCGAAAGAUGCAUUACCUCCUCAGCACAAAGCAGAUUCCAGGUGUAUACAAUUCACCAUUCAGAAAAGAGCCUGACCCAUGGGAGUUGCGGUUACAGAAGGCAAAGCCUUUGACCCACCAAAGCCCUGAAGUUAAGCAGAAGGGCUCCAUAAACCUUGGCAACUGGCUAGCUUGUACGAGCACCCGUUCUUUUCCUCGGGCUGAAAUCCUGCCACCCAUUGGUAGGAAGCAAUGUCAGGGGCCCUUCCGUGAUAUCAGUGAAGUACUGCAACAACGCUACAAGCCUUUGGAGCCAACCCUGCGGGUGGCAGAACCAAUCCAUGAGCUAAAGGAAGCCAGGGAGGUGCGCAGAAGAGAGGAGUGGGCACGCAACAUCAACGAUAACAUGUUUUUGCCAUUCUCUUCCUAUCAUAAGAAUGAGAAGUAUAUGCCAUCAAUGCACUCCUCAAGCAAGUAUGGUGCUGAUUCCUACGGCCGUCAACAUUUCCGAGAUGAAAAUCCUAAGAAAUGGGUCAAUGUCAAGGAUUUCCAAACUGUGUUACCAUCAUUUGAUCUCUUCUCAAAGUAUGGGAAAUUAUAUUCAAAAGCUGGGCAGAUUGUAUAAAAGUAAGUAUUUUUUGCUAAAAAGUAGUCUAUACAGUAUGUUGAAUAAAAUUUUUAAAAAGGAAAUGAGAUUGACUUAACUGUCAGGCAUUUUUUAAACUUAUACUAUAGCA